GCUGCAUAACACCGGAAGGAAGUGGGUGUUAGCUGACUGACGUUAGCGGGUUACAUUUACGAAGGCUGCUGUGGCUUCUAUGGAAGAGAUGUCAGGAGAGAGUGUGGUGAGCUCGGCAGUGCCGGCAGCUACAACCCGGACUACAUCCUUCAAGGGCUCCAGCCCCAGCUCCAAAUAUGUGAAAUUAAAUGUGGGUGGGGCACUGUACUACACUACCAUGCAGACACUAACCAAACAGGACACAAUGCUCAAAGCUAUGUUCAGUGGCAGGAUGGAGGUCCUUACUGACAGUGAAGGUUGGAUCUUGAUCGAUCGCUGUGGAAAACAUUUUGGAACAAUCCUUAACUAUCUUAGAGAUGGGGCAGUGCCACUGCCAGACAGCCGACGAGAAACUGAGGAACUGCUUGCGGAGGCCAAGUAUUACCUUGUCCAAGGCUUAGCUGAUGAAUGCACUGCUGCCUUGCAGAACAAAGAAACGUAUGAACCCCUUUGUAAAGUGCCUCUGAUGACAUCAUCCAAGGAAGAGCAGAAGCUUAUUGCAAUGUCGAAUAAGCCUACUGUCAAACUGUUGUACAACAGAAGCAACAACAAAUAUUCAUACACCAGCAAUUCUGACGACAACAUGCUGAAAAACAUCGAGCUGUUUGACAAGCUGUCAUUGCGGUUCAACGGCCGAGUCCUCUUCAUCAAAGAUGUGAUUGGAGAUGAGAUCUGUUGUUGGUCAUUUUACGGCCAGGGGCGUAAGAUUGCUGAAGUUUGCUGCACCUCCAUUGUUUAUGCUACAGAAAAGAAGCAGACAAAGGUUGAGUUUCCUGAGGCACGUAUUUAUGAGGAGACUCUCAACAUCCUUCUGUAUGAGUCCCAUGAUGGGAGAGGUCCAGACAAUGCCCUGCUGGAGGCCACAGGGGGCGCCGCAGGACGAUCUAACCAUCUGGAUGAGGACGAGGAGCGAGAACGAAUUGAAAGAGUUCGUAGGAUUCAUAUCAAACGGCCGGAUGACCGCACACAUCACCUUCAGUGACCCUCUUCCCCUGACCGUCAUCCUGUGUCUCUGACAGUUUUUGCACCACACCUGUGCCUUACAACUCCCAGCGCCUCUGUCUCCCCAACUUGUUAUUUUACCAGCUUUCUCAAGGAGACUACUAUGAGAUGAGAGUCACAUCUGUGUGUAGGGGAGAAGUGUUUUAGCAUUGUUUUCAUGUGUCCACUUGUCAUCUUUGUUGUGUCUGACAGGCCGUAGUCUUUGUUAGUCACAAUUAUUCCUAUUGCUGCUUUCUGCUGGUGUGCAGGAACUCCUUGACAUUCAACUUUUAUCCUGGGUGUGUGAAAACAGACAAACAGAAGUGAUAUUGUCAGUAUAGAUCUGUUAAUCAAGGUUUAUCUUAACUCGAUUGCAUCCAGGAGAACAUAAAUUAUGUCAUGUGAGCAACUUAAAUGUAUUAAUGUAAUUUUUGCUUCUCCCAGAAGUGGUUCUGACGGGUCCACUGUGAGGUCAUCAGAGGAUGAACCAGAUGUUAAAAACAGUUAGGCCACUGGGUGGCACUGUUUCACUCUGAGAUGUGAUCAAGGCUUUUCUUUCCAGCCCACAGAUACUAGCAAUUAAACCUUUAAAAACUAUAAUGUUUUGAUACAGUAAAGGUUUCACAGGUGGAUGCAACAUAUUACUGUAGUGCUUCUGCCACAUUUACUUUUAACAAGCAUUUCCCCCUUCACCCCAUUAGAUGAUUAUUAUUUUUCAGUUGAGGAAACCUGAGCUUGUGACCUGAGGUGUUAAAUGUACUGGGACGAUUGAAUGAUGGAUGCUGAGGUUGAAGUGAUUGACAGUAACCAGAGCUCUCUCCUGGGCAGGAAGGAAGUCCUGUCUACAAGCUUUUACUGGAGAGAAAUUAGACCCAUCCUUCAUCGCUGCAUUUAUCACACAAUGUACUGUUUGCACACGUUUUAAGUUGAAAUAUGUCUAACAAUCUCAGUACUUUUAGGUCUAUUCUACAGAAGUGACCCAUAUAUGUAUGUUAUAUAUUUAUACCUACUUUAUCACAAAUAAAUUUCUACAUACAAACCUUU